AUGAGCCUUGAUGAAAACAUCAUCCUUCUUUACCCAAAGAAGAAGGUCAGAAUUGGAACCUGCUUGGUCAAUCAUUUAAGAUGUUACUAUAGGAAAGACUGUGGCAGGGAGUACAUGUUGAUGAAACUCAUUUGUUCAGUAAGCUCAAACCAGAGCAGUCAUGCUCAUGAGUACCCAGACUGCCAAGAAGGGGGUAAUGAAGCCAGCCUUCUGGUGUCCCCUCUGGUGGUGGCUGGCAUCGUCAUCGGCCUGGUGCUCUUCCUCUCCUGCGUCACCAUCAUUGUGGGCAGUCUGCGCAAAGACAGCCGCCUGCGCAACCCCCACCUGCGUGCCAGCUACGCUCCAGAUGGCCUCUCAUAUGGUGGCUCCAUUGGAGAGCUGAGAUCCACUUGUGUUGAGGACUUUCCACCUGCAUUUGACUUUGACUCCUACGUGGAGACACUGUCUCAAGUCAACGUCAUGUACCCAGACUCCCCACCUCAUUAUGAUGAAUGUGUGGGACAAGGGACGCAGAUAUAUGUUCCUACUGAUGAUCCGCCCCCCUACUCCCUCACAGACCCGUGCCGGGAGCAUCCCGCCCCACACCAUCACACAGAGAUGGAGGAUCUGCUCGCUGGGGCUUCUUGGGUGUCAGCAAGUGGCUCUUCCCAUUACCCAACCAGACUACAGGACUUCAGGCACCAGCCGAUCGCCUCCAUCUCUUUGUCAGCCUUACCUUUAGAUGAGGCACCCCCAUAUGAGGCAGUAGUGAGUGAACAAAACCAGCCCCUUCCUCUGAUGCCCCUGGAUCUGCUCAAACACACUACAGAGGAGAGCAGUCCUCAGGACAGCGUUUCCCACAGGAUCCUGUAAUCCUGGCCUCUCCAGCACACUCAUGCGCCACCUGUACCAAACCAGCUUUGAGAGGGACUCUUUUGCGUGGCUGGGGUCUCCUGAGUCAAGAGCUGAAACCGACACCUGCAGAAGCCCACAGUUACCUCUCACUUCAGCCGACACAGAUACUGGACCUCCUGUUUUAUGUGACACUGAGGGGAGCCACCAUAAGAGCACAGGGCUAUCGACCACUUUUUUGUGCGUCACCUCACCUUGUCUUUUACUUAUGGUGUAAUUAGAUGUCAACGUGUGUCUUCUCUUACUGGUAGACUGAUUUCAAUUUCACAAGCAUCACAGCUAAUUUCAACAACCAUCGAAAUGUGCCCUUCAGGAUUUCAGAAAAGAGCAGAAAGCCUCUCAAUAAACCUGGGACCAUAAUAGAGAAAUUUACAUAGGAAUAGAAAUAUAUCUUUAUUUUAAGUGUGAAAAUAUGUGUUCCUGCAUGAGUGACUGUGUAUUUCCACAUGACUGUCUAUUACAACUUUUCUCCCUUUUUUUU